AUGAAUUCCGGGAAAACGCCCCACUUCCGCCUCCAGCCGCGCAUCCGCCGCCGGACGCCGCUGCUGGACGUCGCGAUCGCCGUCGUCCUCGGCGGCGUCUCGGGCGUGGGCAUGCCGCCGGGCAUUGAGACGCCGGCGCCGGCCGCCGACGCGCCCGCAUCGACCUCGUCGACGUCCUCGCCGGAGGCAUAG